AUGAAAUGUGACCUGUACCUCAAGAUUGUUCAGGCAGUUGCGGACCACGAUCCGUGGUUCCAGCAGCGGAGGAAUGCUGCAGGAGAGCUCGGGCUGUCGCCGUUGCAAAAAGUAACAGCGGCGUUUCGCAUGCUCGCGUACGAUGCUCCCGCCGAUUCUCUCGAUGAGUGCCUCCGGCUAGGGGAGGCCACUAUCAUUGAGAGUAUGAGGCGGUUUGUGCGAUCCGUCGUAGGGGUGUUUGGCGACCAGUACCUCCGCGCUCCGAACGAGGAGGACACCGCGCGCUUGAUUGCUACAAACGAGCGAAGAGGGUUCCCCGGGAUGCUCGGAAGCAUCGAUUGUAUGCACUGGAGGUGGAAGAACUGUUCCACAGCGUGGGCCGGUUCCUACACGGGACAUGUGAACUCUCCGACGAUCAUCCUAGAGGCAGUGGCGUCGCAGGACUUGUGGAUUUGGCAUGCUUUCUUCGGCAUGCCUGGUUCGCUAAACGACAUCAACGUUCGGCACCGCUCCCAUCUCCUCGACAAUCUUGCCGCUGGCGUGGGUCCCCAGGUACAUUACUCCGUUAACGGUCACGAUUACACCAUGGGGUACUUCCUGGCAGAUGGUAUCUAUCCGGAAUGGGCCACCUUCGUGAAGCCAAUUCCUUGUCCAGUUGGGAGGAAGCGGCAGCACUUCGUCGUUCAGCAGGCGGCGUUACGGAAGGAUGUCGAAAGGGCCUUCGGGGUCCUGCAAUCUCGGUUUCCCAUAGUCAGGGGAGCAACGAGGCUAUGGGACGAGGAAACACUUCACAACAUCAUGACCGCCUGCAUUGUCAUGCAUAACAUGAUAAUCGAAGAUGAGAGACCUGAUGGGGAUGUCGAGCACGUGUACGAGGGUGCCGGUGUUCCAGUGGAGCCAUCACACACCCCAUCCGCGACACUUGAAGCAUUUGCCCAAAGGUAUGGGAUGAUAACUAGCAGGCAGGGGCAUCACCAGCUCCGUGAGGAUCUUGUCGAGCAUCUGUGGCAGUUCCACGGAGUCGAGUAA